ACGGCCGCCAUUUUUGAAACGACGAAGAACUGUUUAUAACAUUUUUUGCUAUUUUCUUUUUGACAAUUAAGUACAUUGCUGCCAUAAAGAGAAACGUUAGAAAUGGCUUCGAGUUUGGUAUGUACUUGGUAUAUUUUAGCCCAAAUCUGAUCUUAUUCACUGACUUAUUGCAGUGGCACAAGUCUUGCUAAAUGUCUGUUUAAAUGCAGAAUUUAGCAAGAACUAUAUGUCUUUAUUAUUUAAUAGAUAAUGCAUUGCAAUAUGUGAAUAAUUGACUGAUUGGUGUUUUGAUUCUGUUCAAGGAGGAUCCAACGCUCGAGCGACAUUUCAAAGGUCAUAGAGACACAGUGACAAGUGUUGACUUCAAUCCCAACAUGAAACAGCUAGGUAAAGUUAUCAUAUAUGCAGACAAUGAGACUUUGAAGUAUACAAUACGAAACGUCUUCUAAACCCAGUAACAUCGUGUUCACGUGUAAAAAAUGCGCAAAAAUAAAUAUGCUUUUCAUAUACCUUUCCUUCUCCUAAUUUCUUAACCCCCCACUUAGGGUAAUGUCGGCUUUAACAUUUCAAUUUAUUUUACAUACCUCUUUGGAAACUGAUCCGGGAAUAAUUGUGUGCUGUGGUUUCAUUUUUGCAGUUACUGGGUCAAUGGACUCCAGUCUGAUGAUUUGGCAUUUUAAGCCACACAUGCGAGCUUACAGAUUUGUUGGACAUAAGGUAUGGAUAAUUAGUGAAUUUAUUCCAAAGGUAAAGUGUAGUUUUAAUUUGUGUAUUUAAAAGCCUUUUUGAGUUCCAAAAACCUCCCAUGUUCAAAAUUAAUGAGCAGGAUUUAUGAAAGACCCCAGGGGGGACUCCCAUACAAAAGUGGCUGGGGUGGUGCUCAUCGUAUUGCUUAGGGGGAUAAAUUGCAGAUUUUGGUCUCAUUUAGGGUGUUUGGGAUGAAAAGUCACCAUAUUUGCCCAUUCAGGUAUCGCUUUGGGCUGUGCAUAAAGAAAUUUUCAAAAAAAUAUCCUGAAACUGACCACACGGAUAUCUAACAUUUAAAAAGAACACAACAUUUCUCCACUUGUUUAUAUCCCUCGCUCUUCUGUUUUAGUAUGGUCUCCGUCAGGGGUCAGUUUAAGGUUGAGCCACACCCACGUUGAUCUCCCUUAAGGGGUUUCAUUUUCAUUUUCUGACGAGCAUCCCCGUCAUUUUUAUAUGGGAGUCCCCCCUGGCAAAUUCUAACCUUACCUUUGAAAAGAGGCUUGACACAAAUCAGAAAUGGUUAUUUUCUCUCAAAAGAUGGAAAUACUGGAUUGUGCAUUGGUCAAAAUCAUGAAGAAAUUGACUGCAGAUGCAAACCUUGAUCCUGCAGUACCUUUCCUAGUUUUGUUGACAAUUUUCUUCAUUCUCAGGAUGCUAUUGUGAAAUAUUUUGUACAUCUCUGGACUCACAAGAUUCACUUGUUGACUAAAUACAAGAAAGGUGUUUUAUGUAGUUAACAAAAUUACCUCUAUAUUGCUUUUGCUCAGGAUGCUGUACUUUCAGUGAAGUUUUCUCCAUCUGGACAUUUGAUUGCUUCAGCAUCAAGAGACAAAACUGUCAGACUGUGGGUCCCAAGUGUGUAAGUAAUAGAUACUGUGAGUUAUUGUCCAUGCCCAGAGAAACUAAGCCAUGUCAUUAGCAAGACCCCUGCGUGUGAUAUUAUUGAUAACAAGGCUGUGUUCUAAGAAAAAUUCAAGGGUGCCCAGCAGAUAAUUUCUAAGAAAUUGAGAUUUUCUAGUCACCCAGGAGCAAAAGUAAGGCACCAGCGGCCAACGGGUGCUGCUAGAGUGUAGCCUUGCAUAAAGUCAUUGGAUGCCUCAAGCACUGAUAAUGGUUACUGCAGUGGAUGUUUGUUAAUAGGAAUCAUUAGACAUGGUUGCCACAGGUUAGGAUAUAGUCAUGGAAAAAAAAGAUAAUUCAAGGUCAGGAAAAAGUCAGGGAAUUUCUCCUCAAGUCAGGGAAAAUUUAAUUUUUUGAAAGAAUUCGGGGAAAAGUAAAAUUUUUAAGAGGACUUGUAAACAUGUAGUUUAUUCUUUUCCCUCUACUUUAACUGUUUUCUACAAUGUAACAUUUGAAAUUCACUUGGGCAUGUGACAGACAUGAAUCAAGUUAAAUUCAUUUGGUAGAAUAUUCUAGAAGUAUCCAUUCAUGCACACUGCACACGCCUUGCUGAAAGCAUUAUAAAUAUAUGGGUGGAGGGGAUGGAUUGUUUAUUCUGUUGGUCAGGGAAAUUUUACAUUUUGUCCGGAAAAUGUCAUGGAAAAGUCAGGGAAUUUCAGAGACCUCUGGCUGUGGCAACCAUGAAAUUUAGAUGUUAACUUUGUGAUACUUUUUCAUUAUCCAAAGUAAAGGAGAAAGUACCGUGUUUAAGGCUCACACAGCAACUGUAAGAAGUGUGGACUUCUCUGGUGAUGGCCAAUCACUUUUGACAGCAUCAGAUGACAAAACUGUCAAGGUAAUUUGUUAGUAUAGUUGUGUAAGAUGGUGGAGUGGGAGAUAGUAAGGCAAAGAAGAAGGGUGUGGUAAGGCUCUGGAAAAAGAAAUUUUUGUUUUGAAAAAAGUCUGGGAAAAGUCUUGAAUUUUGGAUCCAAAAAUCUUUACGAACCCUGGGAUUAAAUGUGCAAGUUGGAUGGUGUGUAAGAUGGGUGCUGCUAGACCAUGCUUUCCUGAAUUCAUCAAUCAAACAUGAUUAUCAUAUGGUGAAGUUAGCCUCACCAAAGAUGUUUAAGAGAAUAUAGCAAAUUACCUUUUUGAUUUUUCUUGUAAAGGUAUGGACUGUUCACCGUCAGAAAUUUCAGUACUCUCUAAAUGCUCACAUGAACUGGGUGCGCUGUGCAAGGUAAAUAUAAUCUGACAACUAUCUAAAUAUUAGCAUAACAGUAUGUUACUAUAAUCAAAUUGAUAAAUUUAGUGGGAUUUAAUCACACCACAGUGUUGUUCCAAUGAAUGUUGAGGUUUACUUUUGUGACAAUUUUGAACAUGACUGAAAACAAUUUUCCUGUUGCCUCAUAAACAAUGCCAGGUUUUCACCAGAUGGUCGCAUGAUUGUAUCUGCAAGUGAUGACAAGACAAUCAAAAUCUGGGAUAGGACAAGCAAGGAAUGUGUUCACAGCUUCUAUGACCCAGGAGGGUACGUUAACAAAAGCUUGUAAACUGUUUUUUUACAGUGAGAUCAUCAACUCAUUGUGAUGGCUGACUAUUAAGCAUGGACUGACAUCGUACUGAUCGAGGAUGCUUAGGUCUGUGCAGGUUACUAGCCUCAUUAACAGCCUUCCUUUAAUUAUUGUAGCCUCAUCAAAAAUUAUGUGAAUCACUUUUCUUCAGAUAUGUGAAUUCUGUAGAGUUUCAUCCCAGUGGAACAUGCAUAGCAGCAGGAGGAACAGACAGCACAGUCAAGGUGUGUGUGUGUUUCUUCUAUCCUUGAAACUUGAGUGCAAGUAAAUAUUAACUAUCCAGUGUGACCAGUUUUACAUAGAUCUACCUUUGGGGAAAAUGAUAGAAGUUUAACAUUUUCUUUUCAGGUCUGGGACAUCCGAAUGAACAAACUUCUUCAACACUACCAAGGUAACCACAGUCAAGUUGACUUGAUUUUUAACAUAAGGAGGCUAUUGGAUAAACCUUCACCAGGGUGCAAAUAAAAUCAGUCCUUCAGACAAGCUGUACCUAACUUUUAUUAAAUUAAUCACUUGCUUUAUUAUUUGUUGUAGUUACACUGUAGCUCUGAUUUGUAGCCUUGCUUAACAACAUAUAGCCUAACAUGAAAUGUAGUGUUAUACUUUUGUUUUGAUACUUGCUUUUACAGAUUUCACGUUUUCAAAAGGGGGUGAAAAGGGGGUUGUGGUCCACGAGAAUUUAUUAUGAACUUUAAAUUUGCCUUUAAGUACUUGUCUUGCCUGUUGUCUUACCCGUUGGGCAAGUUAAGAACAAAAUUCACUAGCCCGAAGGAAAAAUCCACUAGCCCAGGGCUACAGGACACAGUUUUCUUUGCGUGCUGCUUAACAGUACUGAUAACUCUUAACUGACACAUAGGUCAAGGACCUUUGAUUUUCUCAGAUAGUGGGGAGACUAAAGGGCCUCUGCUCACGGUUUAGUUAUUUCCAUUCUUUUAGCACACACAAAUGCUGUGAAUGCUGUUUCGUUUCAUCCAUCUGGAAAUUAUCUUGUAUCUGCAUCAAGUGAUACCACACUCAAGGUAACAAAUUAAGAGAUUUAUAUAUUGGCAAUUUUUAAUUAUUAAUAGUGAUCUUUAUGUAUUUGAAUUCUCUCUGUUCUGGUGAAACAAAUAACUCUUCAAAAGAUAAAUCUGCCGCAAGAUGUGAGAUCCAACUGUUGUGUUUUGGUAUCAAUCUUACAUUGUGGGCAAAAUCAAUGGAUGCAACCCUCUCUAGCCAUCCUCACUGCACUCGCAGGCUUUAGUUUGAAACAAUACAUAUACAAAGCAGUCUCAUUCUGCUUUACACUCUCUCAUUAGAUCUUGGAUUUGAUGGAAGGCCGGCUUUUUUACACACUUCAUGGACAUCAGGUUAGUCAAUACUUAAUAAUUUUCUUCCUUAAAAUAAUUUCCUUUGGGUGUUACACAGACCUGCACCAAUGUUUACAUCAGUUUUAACAGCUUUUUCAUCCUCGGAGACCCAGGGGCAGUUAGUCGGGUCGAGAGAAAAGGCGCGACAAAAGUUUUCAAGUACGGAAACUUUCGUCACGCCUUUUCUCUUGACCUGACUGACUGCUCCUGGGUCUCCGACGAUGCAGUUUUUUAUGCUCCUUAAUACUUUUUAGGGUCCAGCAACAUGUGCUAUAUUCUCACGUAAUGGUGAAUAUUUUGCUUCAGGAAGCUCAGAUGAACAGGUAAAUAAAUCAGUGGAGUUAGUGAUGACUAGCAGCCAAAUCACCCACCAUAACAAUAACUCCUUCAUAGCCAGAUUGUGUAUUCAUGAGUUACAAAUGAAGGAAGCCUAUAUUUCCUGCAGGUUCAUUAGGGUGAUUAACUUGAAAAGGUUCUGCAUUAUUGACAAGUACAGGAAGAAUAAUUUCAGAAUAGGCCUCUUUUUGGAAGUUUGUUGGUGUUAAUUACGGAUAGGCGUGAACACCUCAUGACGUAAUGCAAAAGAUUGAAAAUAUGCUGAACAACGCCAAAAAAAAGACAAUACCUAACCAACAAUGGUUUCAGCAAUACAGUGAAAACUUUCCUGGAAGAACCUAGUAGUUUAAGAACCUGCUGGCAGAAAUUUUCCACUUCAAGCCAAAAAUAUAAUAACCUGUUUAGCCAAGCAAAAUCAAGCAGGUUCUUAUACGUGAUCACAGGUAAAUAUGAUAAACAAUUUAACCAACUAGUUUGAGAUUGCAAAGCGACAUACAAGAAAAUACUGUCCUGAACUGUCAUUACAAAAUAAGUACAGGCUUCUGUUAGUAAUUCCUACAACAAAAAACAGGUUUAAAUAAAGUACAUUUGUACAGAUCAUUGUAAAGGUUUGUAAUGCACAGUUCUGAAUAAGUACAUAAAUUAUUUAAGGACCAAAGUUGAAUGUCUAGCCUUUAUUUUCCAGUGGUCUCCUUCACAGAAAUUAAGACCCUACUUUGCUUAGAUUGCCAAUAACUGCCCCAAAUUACAAAAAUGUUUUCUGCCAGACUUCAAAAAAUGUAGUUAGGACAAGGUUGUUACAUGUGGGUUUUUACUGUACUACGAAACACACUUUUCUUCAUCUCCCAAAGGUCAUGGUGUGGAAAACAAAUUUUGACAAAGUGGACUAUGAUGAAGGUAAGAAAAAUGGAUCAUAACACACUGAUAAAAAUAAUCUUAUUUUUCUGUGAAUAUUAUAAAUUGAUUGUCUGCAAUUGGCUUUAAUGUUAUAACCACAAAGGACUUAUUUUCUUUCUUUUCAACAGUUCUACGUUCACACAGAAAAAGAGCAGCCUCUCCACCUGUAACACUUCCUCACAAUCAUGACCCACCUCCAAGAACUCCACCUAAAUCAGCAGCUCCAGAGGUAAGGGGUGAUUUGAAGAACUUUAUUUUAACCCAUUCCAUGUGGCAAGUUUCUUAUUUACUGCAUGAAAGGGUCAGAUGAGAUAUUUUAUUUUGUUCUGCCCAUGAUCUUUGCAGGUCAGAGCAGGUGCUGAGCCUAGGAACCUCGCUGUUGGUGACCCAGUGGUCAUAGAAGUUGGGCCAGCAAUGUUUUCAAUACCUCAGGUAAAUUUUUGAUCCAUUCAUUUUUAAGCAUGUUGACUGGCAGAGAUAGCAGUGCCAGGAGCAUAGUUGUUCUAAGUCAGCUGAAUGGUUGUAAAAAUUAUUUUGUAUACAAUUAUUGUUAUUUCAGAGACAGAGCAGACUAGAUGAGGUCACUAGCAGAAUAGGAGAUUUUGAUGCACUGGGAGGGGUCUCUGCUGGUCAACCUCCUCUCACUACUCCCCUGGAAAGACGUGAUAUACCACCUCAGCUCAGCAUGACACUAGAACACAUUGUAGGACAGUUGGAUGUCUUAACACAGGUGUGAUAUAUAACGUUGUGGUUCAAUUUUAUCUUUGGUUUAAAUUUUAUUCUCCUUUGUUUUGGGGUAUGGUAAUGUAUGAUAAUGAGUUUGAAACAAAGGACAAUAAAAUUAUUUAAACCAACUAAAAAUUGAACCACAACAUAAUCAGUAAAUAUUCUUCAGUAAGUGCCACUCAUACACUUAGUAUUUUGUCAUUUCCUGCUAACAGCACUGAGUGAAUGUACAAUCACUGGUAAUUUAUUUACCUGAAAUCAUUUUAUAUUUUGUUUUGUUUUGUUUUCAUUUGCAGACAGUAUCUAUUCUGGAACAGCGACUUACAAUGACAGAGAAUAAACUAAGGGAGUGUCUGGAUAAUCAGCAAAAAAUUAGUCUCCAAAUCAGACCAAAUGAAUAAUGUGCCUUGGCCAUUUACUUCCUACCACAGAACCUGAAGAACUGAGUAGUUUUAUUGAACAGUUAACUACAGAAUGUACGAGUUUCACACAGCACGGUGAAUCCUUGGUACUCAAACCAUCAUCAAAUCUAUUCUCAGUCGGUUAAGUUGUCAAGGGUUAUAUUCUCAUUUCUGUCAUCAUGUUUGUAUGAGAUUGAUAGAAGUGCUACCAUGCAAAAAAGAAGGUUUUGAUGGAAAACGCGUGAUGAAAACAACAUCCGCAAGUAUGCACACAGAGAGUCAUUAAUUGCUGACAUCUAACUGUAACAUUUGAUGUUAUUUAUGUAAAAAUAAAGAGUUGGACUGGGCUGAACAUCAAUAAUAAAAUCUUAGUCUCAAACCUCACAAUUAUUGUUAAGUUUGAGACUAAGAUUU